AUGGUUGGAAUUGGUCCUAAGCAGCCUCCUUCCCGCAAGGGUUCCAUGCAAGAUCUGCCGCAGAAUCUGCUGCAGCAGAUCAAGGAUUUCGAAGAUGCCUUUACCGUGGACCGUGCGAAGCUGAAGGAGAUCGUCAACCACUUCGUCAAGGAGUUGGAGAAGGGUCUGACCGUUGAGGGCGGCAACAUUCCGAUGAACGUUACCUGGGUCCUUGGCUUCCCCGACGGUGAUGAGCAAGGUACUUUCCUCGCCCUCGACAUGGGUGGCACCAACCUGCGCGUUUGCGAGAUCACCUUGACCGAGAAGAAGGGCGCUUUCGACAUCACCCAAUCCAAGUAUAAGAUGCCCGAUGAGCUCCGCACUGGUACCGCUGAGGAGCUGUGGGAAUACAUCGCCGAUUGUCUGCAGCAAUUCAUCGAGCAUCAUCACGAGAAUGAGGAUCUCGCAAAGCUGCCUCUGGGUUUCACCUUCUCCUACCCUGCUACUCAAGAGUAUAUCGACCACGGAAUUCUGCAGCGCUGGACCAAGGGCUUUGACAUUGACGGUGUCGAGGGCCAGGACGUCGUCCCCCCUCUGGAGAAGAUCCUGAAGCAGCGCGGCCUCCCCAUCAAAGUCGCAGCCCUGAUCAACGACACCACCGGCACGAUGAUCGCCUCCGCAUACACAGACCCCGAAAUGAAGAUCGGCUGCAUCUUCGGAACCGGCGUAAACGCCGCCUACAUGGAAGACGUCGGCUCCAUCCCCAAGCUCGCGCACAUGAACCUACCCCCGGACAUGCCCGUCGCCAUCAACUGUGAAUACGGUGCCUUCGACAACGAGCGCGUCGUCCUCCCACUAUCCAAAUACGACGAAAUCAUCGACCGCGACUCCCCGCGUCCAGGCCAACAAGCCUUCGAAAAGAUGACCGCAGGCCUCUACCUCGGCGAAAUCUUCCGCCUCGCCUUAAUCGAUCUAAUCGACUCGCACCAAGACCUCAUCUUCAAGGGCCAGGACACUUCCAAGCUCCGCAAGCCCUACCUCCUCGACGCGUCCUUCCUCGCCGCGAUCGAGGAAGACCCUUACGAGAACCUGUCCGAGACGGCAGAUGCUUUCGACCGCCAUCUUGGCAUUUGUCCCACUGAACCCGAGCUGGAGAUGGUCCGUCGACUAGCCGAGUUGAUCGGUACCCGCGCUGCGCGUCUCUCCGCCUGUGGUGUCGCUGCCAUCUGUACAAAGAAGAAUAUCGAGUCGUGCCACGUUGGUGCCGAUGGCUCGGUUUUCACCAAGUACCCCCACUUCAAAGCCCGCGGUGCGCAGGCUCUACGGGAGAUCUUGGACUGGGCGCCUAAUGAGAAGGAUAAGGUUUCUAUCAUGGCUGCUGAGGAUGGAUCGGGUGUUGGUGCGGCUUUGAUUGCGGCUCUCACGCUGAAGCGUGUUAAGGCUGGUAACUUGGUUGGUAUUCGUAACAUGGAUGAUAUGCGGACUCUGCUUUGA